CGACCCAGGAACCCGCCCUCAGGAGCCACUAGGGACCCGGCACGGCCCUGGGCAGGUAUGCCAGGCGUCCAGACCAGCCGGCCUCCCUUGCACUGGGCUUCUCAUUCUUCAGGGCAGGGCUGCUGGGCUGUGGGAACCAGGAGGAGGGGGGAGGGAGGGAGGAUCAAGUUAGCAGACCAGCCUCCCUGCCUUUGUGUCUGUGGCCCGAUCCCACGCUGCCAUGGGGUUUAUACUCAGGACCCAGGAGGGGCCUGGUUCAGGAGGCCCUUGUGCAAACAAUGGCAAACAUAGGUGGGGAAACUGAGGCACAGGGAGAGAACCGUGUCCAUGGUCAUAAGGGAGCUAGGAGCAGAGCUGAGAGGAGGAAUUGGGUCUGCAGAGGGUGGCUCUGGGUCCCAGUCCCCUGGUGGGGGCAGAGGGACAGGAAGAGAAAGUGUCCAGGGCAGGAUCUAUGUGGGUCCAGAGCAGAAAGCCCCCUGAGCUGGACAGUCUGGAACCGGAGGGGGACCAGACCCAGCUUCCUGUCUCUGCACUCCAGGAGCCACGCUGGGGCUGACUGCGUUUGCCCACACCACACCCUUGCCUGGGUCUCCCUGACUUACUGGGGCUUCUCUGGGCCUCUGGCCCUUUUGCCCUUUGAUGCCCUGAGCUGCUGCCAUUGGGAACAGAGUGUGUGUAUGUUUGUGGGUACUGGGUGUGCACCGAUGGGGGACCGGGAGCAUUUUUAUCCCACCAUCCAGAGACUGUGGAGACAGCAGUGAGCUGGGAAGCAAAGUUCAAGGGGUAGCUCCUAAGCAAGGAGGCGUAUUGUAUAAAGAUAAAAGUAGAAGGAACACAAGGCAGGGUGCGGGAGACAGGGGUAUGAGGAGGGCUUCAUAGCCGGGGUGGUCAGGGAAGCCCUCUCCAAGGAGGGGAACCUCAAGCUGGAUUGGAGAGUGGAUUGAAGGGAGGGACCCAGCCAUGCGAACAUCUGAGUCAGAAGUGACAGCUUGUGCAAAGGCCCUGUGGCAGUAACUGGUACAGUCAGUUCAAGGGACAGAGACGGAUUUGGUGGUUCCUCAGUGUGUUAAACAUAGAGUUACCCUGUGACCCAGUGAUUCCACUCCUAGAUACACAUCCACAAGGAUUGAAAACCUGACGCAUGGAUGUUCAUACAGCUGCUGUCCAAAUAUGACCCCCAGAAGGAGGCAGAGCUCCGCGGCUGGAUCGAGGGGCUCACAGGCCUGUCUAUCGGUCCCGACUUCCAGAAGGGUCUGAAAGAUGGAGUCAUCCUGUGCACACUCAUGAAUAAGCUGCAGCCGGGCUCGGUCCCCAAGAUCAACCGCUCCAUGCAGAACUGGCACCAGCUGGAAAACCUGUCCACCUUCAUCAAGGCCAUGGUCAGCUACGGCAUGAACCCCGUGGACUUGUUUGAGGCCAACGACCUGUUCGAGAGCGGGAACAUGACGCAGGUGCAGGUGUCUCUUCUCGCCCUGGCCGGGAAGGCCAAGACAAAGGGGCUACAGAGCGGCGUGGACAUUGGCGUCAAAUACUCAGAGAAGCAGGAGCGCAACUUCGACGACGCCACCAUGAAGGCGGGCCAGUGUGUCAUUGGGCUCCAGAUGGGCACCAACAAGUGUGCCAGCCAGUCGGGCAUGACGGCCUACGGCACAAGAAGGCAUCUGUACGACCCCAAGAACCACAUCCUGCCCCCCAUGGACCACUCGACUAUCAGUCUCCAGAUGGGCACCAACAAGUGUGCCAGCCAGGUGGGCAUGACAGCUCCGGGGACCCGGCGGCAUAUCUACGACACCAAGCUGGGGACUGACAAGUGUGACAACUCCUCCGUGUCUCUGCAGAUGGGCCACACGAAGGGUGCCAACCAGAGUGGCCAGGUCUUUGGCUUGGGGCGCCAGAUCUGUGACCCCAAGUACUGCCCUCAAGGCCCCGCGGCCGAUGGGGCUUCGGCGGCUGUGGGCGACUGCCCGGGCCCAGGGGAGGCCCCAGAGUACGCCCCCUACCGCCCCCAGGAGGAGGCUGGUUACUGAGACGCCCGUGUGAGCGUCUCCACACAUGGCUGCGUGUGGUUUUGGGGUUCUUCUGUGCUUAUCUUGUUUUUCUCCUUGUCUGAGCGCUGCCGGCUGAGAGCUUAUGGGGAAGGGGUGAAGCAGGGGCAGACCUACGCGGUGGGAGGGCUCCGGCCACUGCAGAUUUCCCAGCAGGCUUUGGGCUUGAGCCGUGGGGGUUUGAGGAAGAUACCCGGUCGGGGAGGGGACCAGCCCUGAAUGGUUUCCGGUUGCCUCUCCUUUUCUUCCCUUUUCUCUUCUGAUCAGUUUGUGGUUUCUGUACCCACAGAAGUUUCAGGCAGUUUUAAUGAAAGAAAUUUUUUUCUUUUUUUUUUUUUGAGGAACAGUGGUGGGAGGAUGGCGGAAGGGGGUGCUGGGAAGGAAGGCGGCCCCCAAGGAGAGAGGGCCAGGCCAGAGUCCAAAAUAUUUGAGGUCUUGUGGGAACUGGAUUUCUCUAGCCCUCUCAGACUCACCUGUGGCUCGUCCCAGGGGCUAGUGGGGAAACUGAGGCCCAGCCAGGACAACAGAGUUCUGGGUGGAAAAGGCAGAGCCACCCCCCCCACCACCUUCCCAUACUUAUCUGCAUUCCUCUACCAAGGGAAGAGGACAAGUUCUCUGCACUAGGAUCCCCACCCGGAGGUCCUACCCAGGGACUGGCCCCCGUCCAGGAGCCCUGGGACCAAGAGAUAAUGUGAAAUGUUGACUGUGGACCAAAGGCAAUAAAAACCUCUUUUUAGGAAGAAA